UGAGCGCUUUGAACACCACACGGAGUGAUGAUCCAGCUGCUUCACAGAGGACAUGGACUCAAGUGACGGCCAACACUGAGACGUUACCCCGGGGGUGGGGGAGACUCAAAGUGCGCUGGAACUUUCCUCCCCCGCCUCAAUGUGAGCCAUGUCCAAGAGUCUGAAUAGGAAGAAGAACCACUGGAGCAACAAAGUCCACGAGAGCGUCCUCGGCCGGAGCGCGGAGGGAAAGCUGUUGGCUCCGGAGCUGAAGGGCGGUGCGGAGCAUGGACAGUUCCCGCUCGUGGGCGAGCUUCCCCCCGGUGGAGCUCCGUGCCAAAGCGGCAGCUUCCUCCUCCAGGGCGAGCUUCUGCUGGAGGUGAACGACACCCCGGUGGCAGGGCUCACCAGCCGGGACGUGCAGGCGGUGGUGAAGCACAGCAAGGAGCCGGUGAGACUCAAGUGUGUCAAACAAGGGGGCGUGAUCGACAAGGACCUGUGCCGCUACCUCAACCUGCGAUUCCAGAAAGGCUCGGUGGACCACGAGCUGCAGCAGAUCAUCCGGGACAACCUCUACCUUCGCACCAUCCCCUGCACGACCAGGCAGCCCAAGGAAGGAGAGGUCCCGGGGGUGGAUUAUAAUUUUGUGACCGUUGAAAGGUUUCUGGAAUUGGAAAAAAGCGGUGCCUUGCUUGAGAGCGGAACCUAUGAAGAUAACUUUUACGGCACCCCCAAGCCUCCCGCCGAGCCCAGCACUCCGCUGCUAAAUGUAACGGACCAGCUGCUGCCGGGCGCCAGACCCAGCUCCGAGGGCAAGCGCAAGCGGAACAAGUCGGUCAGCAACAUGGAGAAAGCCAGCAUUGAGCCGCCAGAGGACGAGGAGGAGGAGAGGCCUGUUGUCAACGGCAACGGCGUCGCCCUCACCCCAGAGGCAAGCGAACAUGAGGACAAGAGUACUCUGGGGGAUGCUUUGCCCCCGCCCUGCAACAUGGCCGACGUCCCCACCGAGGCGCCCAAUGACCCGACACAGUCUCCGAAAAUACUCCCCAAUUUGGAGGCCAAUGACGAGUUGGGGCCGUUGCCGGACAACUGGGAGAUGGCAUACACAGAGAAAGGAGAAGUCUACUUCAUAGACCACAACACCAAGACCACGUCGUGGUUGGACCCAAGGCUCGCCAAGAGGGCCAAGCCGCCCGAGGAGUGCAAAGAGGAUGAGCUUCCAUAUGGUUGGGAGAAAAUUGACGACCCCAUUUAUGGCAGCUAUUAUGUGGAUCAUAUAAAUAGAAGGACUCAGUUUGAGAACCCGGUUCUGGAGGCCAAGAGGAGAGUCCAGCAGCAGCAGCAGAUGCAAAGCCAGGGCCUGUCCUCACUUCCGCUGCCUGCCAUCUACAGAGAGAAGCCGCUGUUCACGCGCGACCCCACUCAGCUGAAAGGCAGCUUCCUGUCCACGGCACUCCAGAAGAGUAACAUGGGCUUUGGCUUCACUAUCAUCGGAGGCGACGAGCCCGACGAGUUCCUCCAGGUGAAGAGUGUCAUCCCCGACGGGCCGGCCGCCGCUGACGCAAAGAUGGCCACAGGUGACGUCAUCGUCUACAUCAACGAUGUCUGCGUCCUGGGUACCACGCACGCCGACGUGGUCAAACUGUUCCAGUCAGUGCCCAUCGGUCAAAGCGUGACGUUGGUUCUGUGUCGAGGUUACCCGCUGCCGUACGAGCCCGAAGAGAACACCACCAACAACACCACCACCAUCAUUUCCCCGUUGGGCAUCAUGGACCAGCGCCCUCUGGUGGUGAACGGCCGCCCCGGCUACGACAACUACUUGGACUACAUUACCCACACGGCCCGAUUCGCUCCGGACCCGAGCCAGGACCACGCCCAGCAGCAGCAGCUCCUCCCCCCUCACCCGGGCGACACCCACCUGGACGGAUCGCUUGCCUCCGCUGCCACGCCCCCUGACAGCGUCUCCAUGGCGUCGUCGGGGGCGACGCAAGGCGAGCUGCUGACUCUCACUAUGGUGAAGGGCGCGGACGGGUUCGGGUUCACCAUCGCAGACAGCCCCGCGGGCCAGCGGGUCAAGCAGAUUCUGGAGCCGCUCGGCUGCCCCGGAGUGAGCGAGGGCGACCUGAUUGUGGAGAUCAACAAGCAGGCGGUGCACGGAUUCACGCAUGUGCAGGUGGUGGAGCUGCUCAAGGAGUGUGCGGUCGGCGUCGAGACCUGUCUGCUGGUCCAGAGAGGGGGAGCAGGUCAUUAUUCACCCUGGAAGAGCUCCAAGCAGGUGUCGGAGCAGUGGGAGACCCCGCAGGGCCUGAGCAGCCCCGCUCAGACCGGCCUGUCAGGCCCUGUAAUUUCCAACAGCGCCCCCUACCCCAAGCAGCACCAACACCACCUCCUCCACAGACCCUCAGUGCCUUCGGACUCUGCCUCUGAGGCUCUGUCCAAGCAAGCAGACCUUUUUGGCGUGUAUGAGAAGUCCAGGGCGUUGUAUGAGAAACAAGCAGGCCCUCCGAGGACAACCUUCCCCGCCGACUCCUCCUCAGCCUCAGGGAGCGAGUACCAGGACAUGGAGGUCCACCUGCGGAGACAGAAGUCCGGGUUCGGGUUCAGGGUCCUGGGCGGGGAAGAGCCGGGGCAGCCUGUGAGUCCGGAGACACGUGAGAAGCAGAUAUUAAUCGGCGCCAUCAUCGAGAAGAGCCCGGCGGACCUGGACGGACGACUGCGACCCGGCGACGAGCUCCUCUUUGUGGACGGCAUUCCCGUGGUGGGGAAGCCGCAUCGCUACGUCAUCGACCUGAUGCACGGAGCGGCGCGGAACGGCCAGGUCAAUCUGGUCAUUAGGAGGAGGGUCCAGGCCACGGGCGACUCCUGCCAGGAGAACGGUCGCCAUUCGGGUUCGGUGUCCACGCAGCACAGUUCGCCGCGUAGCGACCUCACGUACGCCAACAGCACCGGGACCAUGCAGGCAGGGGUCGCUUCCGACGCAAAUGCGCAACCUAGCGACGUCCUCAUCCACCGGAAGGAGAGCGAAGGCUUCGGCUUCGUCAUCAUCAGCUCACUCAACCGGCCCGAGGCGCCUGCCGCUAACCCUGUGCCACACAAGAUUGGACGCAUCAUUGAGGGAAGCCCGGCCGACCGCUGCGGGAAGCUAAAAGUGGGAGAUCGUAUCCUGGCGGUCAACAGUCAGUCCAUCGUCAGCAUGCCGCACGGAGACAUCGUCAAGCUGAUCAAGGAUGCCGGACUCAGCGUCACCUUGAGGAUCAUUCCACAGGAAGAGGUCAUCAACCCUCCUUCAGCUCCCACUUCUGAGAAGCAAAGCCCCUUGACACAGCAGCACAGCCCCAAGACGCAGCAGCCCGGCGGUGGGGGCACCCUACAGCCCGGCCCGGGUGUCCAGACUCCAGAGUCCAAUGCCAAGCCCCACCAGAGUCCCGUCACCAAACUGCCCGUCCCCCCGCCUCAGACCACCUAUGCCCACGAGGGAAGUUACAGGUCAGAGGUCAAAGCCAGGCAGGACGUCAAACCAGACAUCCGACAGCCGCCAUUCACCGACUACCGCCAGCCGCCAGUGGACUACCGGCACCCCCCAGUGGCCGACUACCGAGCGCCGCCCACGUUGGACUACAGGCACCCGCCGCUCUUGGACUAUCGGCCACAGUUUGCCGUCCCGGACUACAGAAUGCCGCCGGUUCAACUCUCCCAAGACUUUGACUUCUUCACGGUGGAGCUGGACAAGAGCGUCAAAGGCUUCGGGUUUAGCAUCCGAGGAGGUCGGGAAUACAAGAUGGACCUUUUUGUCCUCAGACUGGCCGAGGACGGGCCGGCGGUCCGCAACGGGAGGAUGAGGGUCGGAGACCAGAUCAUUGAGAUCAACGGCGAGACCACCAGAGACAUGACGCACGGCCGCGCCAUCGAGCUGAUCAAGUCCGGGGGCCGGCGGGUGCGUCUCCUCCUGAAGAGGGGCACAGGCCAGGUGCCAGAGUACGACAAUAACACCUCAUGGGAUGCUCACCCUGCAGCCCCCCCAAGCCUGUCGGAAGUAGCCCCGCCUCCUGGCGGCCUUUCCACGACAUCGCCUUCAUCAUCCCACCCGGCCGAGCUGCGCCAGAGAGAUGAUCCCGUCAGGAGAUUAAUGGAGGAAGGUGGCAGGUCCGCCCCCGUGGGGCACAGGGCGCUGCCCCCUGCUGAGGGGGAGGGGCCUAAACGCGCCAUGUCCUCCAAACAUCUGCAUGCCAACGGGAGCAGCAAGGAAGAGAUGGAGCCCAGACCUAAAGAGAAGGACUCGGUAGAGACCUGGUCCGGUAAGAGUGGCGGUGGAGCGGCGAGGAAGUCCACCGUCUCUCCUGGACCCUGGAAGAUCCCGGGAUCGGACAAGCUGCCCAGCACUCUGCGAGCAGGAGCGUCCACGCUCAGCAGAUAACCCACUUUCCCCGCAUCAAAUCCACGUUUUAUUUAUCAGACUCUUCGCUAAAUUAUUUGACACCCACCACCUUAAAAACUGGAGUCAUCUUCCUCGUUUGGAGACCAAACCACAGCCGAACUCCGAACCAAUCAGCACCUGUGGUUUGACGUCAUAUAUAUGACGACACCGUGGAUUCUGUUGUAGGACUACUGGACGUUGCCUUAAGGAGACCGCGUGGGCCCACAAUCAGAAGAAAUGUACAUAGGAGGAUGGACGACGUGGCAGAGAGUGCCUUAGAGGGACUCCAUGUUAAAAAGGCUGCUUUGAAGAUACUAAACUGUGGAAUACACUUAUUUCCCUACAGAUCCGUUUUUAUUUCUAAAAAAAAACGCCAAACUAGGUUCUCCAUGGAAGCAUCUUGAACGUUUUUAUACGCUUUCAUCGCGGUUGCUAUGGCGACGUGUCGGACCCGAAAGCCCAACCCGGAGCGUGUCGACAGGACUUCUCUCUCCUCUUCGUCUGUUGGCCGACAAAAACCAAAACGUGCACGUUGGUGUGCACAUGUGUGUGUGCGCGCGUGUGUGUGUAUGUGUGUGUUGAUUACACACAGCUCAGAAUCACUGUGUAGUGUAUAAAAUUAAAAAAAAAAAAAACGACCUAAGGGACUUCUCACGGUGGUCACCAAGUAUUUUUAUGAUGAAAUGCAGCACAAUAGAUAUAUUAACUUGUUUUUUUUCAGAAAUCUUGUUUACUUGUAUGAUAAUCUGACAAAUAAAACAUUGACACAACACGAAA